AUGUCUAAUUUGCAAGCCCGCGCUUUCGAAACGUCUGAGCUCGUGCAGAAAUGGCUGUCAAAUCUGGGACGGGACUCGAUGGGCCCAAGGUCACUCGGCCUGAACCAUGAGGGCACCGGCGAGGGCAAGGAAAUGCAAAAAGGGACGUACACGGUUAUCUGGGUCCCGAGAGAUGCCAGACGUACUCAUCAUCACAAGGAUGGCCGGGAUCCAGAACAAGGAUACAGACAUGGCCAGGGCGGCGGGGCUGCACACCCGGAUUUUGGACCAUCUUCUGGCGAGAAGACUUUAUCGCAUGGUGCGGUGGUGGAAAAGCUGAAUGACAUGUCUGGGUCGCACAAAGACACAGUCGAGGAUCCGAGUGCAAAAUACGCCAGACGCCCGAGGCACAAGACCAAAGAGGACACAUACGAAUACAAGGAUGGUUCGGAGAAGCGUGCAAAGAAGCGACUGUCCAAGGAUCUUGUCAAGCAGAAGCCCGGCGCCACCUUGACCAAAGACUUCCAAGCGCCAAACGUGGCCGUCGAGAGAUUGACCCUAAGGCGUACUGGGCCAGGUUUCUUACACAAAGGAAAGUCAUCCGGUAAUGCGGAAUGGAAGGGUUUGCCAGACCUCACGUUCUCCGAGAUGACGUUUCUGAAGCGAAAGAGAAAGGAUGAAAUUGCGAAAACAGGAGAAUCACAACUGAAGAAGAAACACUGCCGGCCCUCAAGUCAAGAAAUAUCGGCAUUCUUCCAUCGGCCAGAAGAUCAGCAACAUCGAGCGACGCCCCUUCCGAAGCCGUCCUCGAUUGGAUCGUACUUCUCCUGGUCUGUAUCCUCGCCUCAGACACGUUUAUUGCCAAUGGGGCAGCGAUCGAGUUUGUUUGCACAACCUUUGGAGCAAGGGGGAUGGCAUGGGGCCGUCGGCGACAAGCUGGGUGGUGUUGGCGCGUCUGUUGGUUCUAAUAGCACUCUCACCCACCGCUUUCUCGAGAAUAUGACGACGGACGCGCUGCUAUGCGGGGUCGAUACAUUUGCACACCAGGAGAAAGAAUAUUACACGUUGGACGAUUUGAAAAUGCUAGCUGAGGCUCCCACGGCUGGGUCUCCUCACAGCCAGAAGGCUCUGUAUGGGCUUGAUAUCAUGCGAAACGUCAAAGGUACAGCCACCUCACCUCGUUCAGCCCAAGACCAAGAGGCAAACUCGGUCCGCAGGGCCAGAGAGCUUUCAGCCCAUACCGACAAGCGCCAUGUCAGACCUGAUACCGAAAGUUCAGAGCCCGGGCCGUUGUUGGCAGAAGAUCCGACUGUUGUUGGCCCUUCCAGCCAGCGGAGUGCGGUGCUGGGAGCCAUCGCACCGUUACCCAGUGAUAUGGACGAGUUCGAUAGGGACCUCUGGCGGCACUGGAUUGGCAGCUCUGCUCGAUCGGAAACGAGAUUCAUGGUUGAUGAUGAUACCUCUUCGUUCAGAUUCCGCUUCCAGAGACCCCCUCCUCGGCCGUUGAGCAAUUACUGGUCCCAGCCGAUCCCGGGCAUUGACGAAGAUCAACAGGUGGCAUAUGACUCUAUUGGAACAGGUUAUUUGCAUGAGGCAGUGACUCACAGUAACACCCAUCAACACCACCCACGAUCCCUUCGAGUACCUCGUCAUGUGGUUGACGAUCCUGUAGUGGGAUUCUCGGGGUUCUCUCGGAGACAGAUUCUAUAUUGA